AGAAAAACCAUUCAGCUGCUCGGUGUGUGGGAAAAGAUUUGGCUCUGAGUCACGUCUGGUUGAACACGUGGUAACUCAUACAGGAGAGAAACUCAUUAGCUGUUCAGUGUGUGCGAAAUUUUUCACACAGAGUGAAAAUUUAGAGACACACAUGAGAAUCCACACAGGAGAGAAACCUUUGAUAUGCUCAGUUUGUGGUAAAAUUUUUAAACGAAAAAGAGAUCUCGAAGAACACAUGAGAACUCACACAGGAGAAAAACCUUUCAGCUGCUCUGAGUGUGGGAAGAAAUUUGGCUUCAAGUCACAAAUAAAGGAACACAUGAGAACUCACACAGGAGAAAAGCCUUUCAGCUGCCCUGAGUGUGGGAAAAGAUUUGGCUGCAAGGCGAAUCUGAAGAGACACGCGGUGACUCACACAGGAGAAAAAAAUUUCAGCUGUUCAGUGUGUGAGAAAUCUUUUACAGAGAGCGGAAGUUUACAGAAACACUUUAGAAUCCACACAGGAGAGAAACCCUUUAGCUGCCCAAUUUGUGGUAAAAGUUUUAAUCAGAAUGAAGUUUUGAAGACACACAUGCGAACUCAUACAGGAGAGAAACCUUUUACUUGCACAGUUUGUGGUAAAAGUUUUAUGUACAAGACGAGUCUGACAGGUCACAUGGGACAUCACGCCGGGGGGAAAAGAUUCAGCUGCAGUGUUUGUGAUCGAAGAUUCACGUGGCUUUAUCAGCUCAGAAACCAUCAGUACUUCUCCUGUCAGUCCUCUCCGCUCCAAACUCAAACUGAGGACGACAGAGAGGCAGAACCUCCAGCCAGAAAUCCAGAUCCACAUUCACAACCAGAUACUGAGACCGGAGACUCUUUAGUGGCAGAGGUUGAAGUCAGUGUUGAUGACUGGGAGAGCAGAGAACCUCGGUCAGGUUUAAACUCUCUGAAAAAGUUGCUGUGAGUGAUUUGAAAUCUGCUCUGAAUGUGCACAAAUGUGUUAAAAGACAAAACUUCAUUAAAACAUGAUUUAUGAGACUUUAA